AUGGCAGAAACACCUAAUACUCUCAUUUCCUCGAAAUCCUCACAUUCCAGCCUCCACGCCUUGCUACAUCCCUUAGUCCUCCUCAAUAUCUCGGACCAUAUAACACGGCAUACGGUUCGACAGCAGAAGGGCCUGAUUGUUGGCGCGAUACUUGGGCAGCAGCAUGGCAGAUCUAUCACCCUAGAGCAUGUCUUUGACUGUAACCUGGUUACCGGGCCCAAUGGAGAGGUGCUAUUACACCAGGCAUUCUUUAACGAGCGGUUACAACAAUUUAAGGAUGUCCAUAAGUCACCAGCAUUAGAUCUUGUUGGCUGGUUUACCGUCACACCUCCUUCUGGCCCGCUACCUUCCCAAGUGCCCAUCCACGAGCAGAUGCUUCGGGACUAUAAUGAGGCCGCUAUACUGCUCGCAUUCCAUUCAUCCGAUGUUGGAAACACUUCUUCGACAGUUGGGAAGCUUCCGAUUACCGUUUACGAGUCAGUCUAUGAAGGAGACAGUGCUGAUGAUGGGGACCGUCCGAUGCAAGGAGACGACCAACAAAGGGACUUGAUGUUGAAGUUCCGGCCAGUGCCAUAUUCGAUCGAGACCGGGGAAGCAGAGAUGAUCAGUGUUGAUUCAAUUGCUACCGGAGGCGGAAAUGCAACUGCGAUUCAGGAUAAAGAACCAAGCAAGCCAAAGACUGAGGCACAGAGGCAGGAUAAAGAAAAAAGACAGAAGAUAUCGGCGUCAUCUGAGGUUCUUGUUCUUUCUCCUGAAGAUGAAGACUUAAUUGCGAAUCUUACCACACGCCUAAGUGCUGUCAAAACUCUACAGUCCCGAAUCCAUCUCAUAAAAUGCUAUCUCCAGUCGAUUGCAGAUCCCAGCACCGACACACCAAUGACAUUACCGAAUGCUCUCAAGCCAACACUCUCUCAUUCCCUCCUCCGCAGUAUCUACUGUGUCAUCUCCCACUUGGCUCUGCUGAACCCUCAGAACUCAGAUGCCCUCUCUAUAGAGUCUCUAGCACAGGCAAACGAUGUUCUACUCGUCGCCUUAUUGGGAGCUCUGGGUCAGAACGUCCAACAGAUGCGAGAACUGGGGAAGAAAUUUUCUAUCGCCAGUUCAAUACGUCGCAGCAAUGGUCCCAAGGAAGGCCAACUGUCGUCGCGCAUGGGCGGUGACCUGUUCCAUAGCUAG